CGAUUAUGGAUAUGAACGUCACAGCAAUGGGCAGUGUUUGCCAGCAUUUUGGUAUAACCCAUCUUCCUUAUCGAAAGACUGUAGCCUUGGACAGAGUUAUCUCAACAGUACUGGGUACCGGAAGGUUGUUUCUAAUAACUGCACGGAUGGUGUGAGAGAACGGUACACAGCAAAACCACAGCAAUGUCCUGGCAAAGCCCCUCAGGGCCUUCGCAUAAUCACAUCUGAUGGCAAACUGACAGCCGAACAAGGACACAAUGUCACUUUCCUGGUGCAGCUGGAAGAGGGAGACCUCCAGAGAUCCCUCAUUCAGGUGGAUUUUGGAGAUGGCAUCGCUGUGUCAUAUGCCAAUCUCAGUUCGACAGAAGAUGGGAUCAAGCACAUCUACCAGAAUGUGGGCAUAUUCCGAGUGACUGUGCUGGUGGAAAACAGCCUGGGUUCUGACAAUGCUGUCCUCUACCUGCAUGUAACAUGCCCCUUGGAACAUGUUCACUUAUCUCUACCAUUUGUCACCACAAAGAACAAGGAGGUCAAUGCCACGGCAGUGCUGUGGCCAAGCCAAGCAGGAACGCUUACUUACAUCUGGUGGUUUGGGAACAACACGGAGCCACUGAUCACAUUGGAAGGGAGCAUCACAUUCACAUUUUCUGUGGAGGGGAUGAACACCAUCACUGUUCAGGUCUCAGCAAGAAACACCAUUCUUCAGGACACAAAGACUAUUGCUGUGUAUGAGAAAUUUCAGUCCCUGCGGUUAUCAUUCUCUCCAAACCUGGACGACUACAAUCCAGAUAUCCCAGAGUGGAGGAGGGAUGUCAGUAGAGUAGUCAAGAGAGCUCUGGUGGAGGCAACAGGUAUUUCAAGCAAGCAUAUUCUGGUCGCAGUGCUCCCCGGUCUGCCCACAGCUGCCGAACUCUUCAUUUUACCGUAUCAAGAUGCCACAGGAGAAAAUAAAAGAACAGCAGGAGACCUAGAGCAGAUUUCAGAAACACUGAUCCAGAAACUGAACCAAAACCUCGUCCAUUUUGAGUUGAAGCCAGGACUUCGAAUCCUUGUCCAUGCUGCCCAUUUAACAGCAGCUCCCCUGGUGGACCUCACUCCCAGUCACAGUGGUUCAGCUAUGCUGAUGCUCCUCUCUGUUGUUUUUGUGGGACUAGCCGUGUUUGUAAUCUACAAGUUCAAAAGGAAGAUUCCUGGCCUUAAUAUAUAUGCACAGAUGCAGAAUGAAAAAGAUCAAGAGAUGGUCAGUCCAGUCAGUCAGAGGGAAAACAUACCAAAUGUCCCUCAAAGUGAGCUGAUGAGCCCUGUGCAACUAGUAGAUGAGAAGUUGGAAGUCCAGCCCAUAGGAAGUAUUUCCACAGCUGCUGAGCCCCAGAGCACAAAAGAAAUCCCUACCUAUGUAAAUGGUUGA